UUGUUCGCCCUCUUCGCCUCGUCGCUGGCAAUCUCCCUGGUCUUUGCCAUCAUCCCUCUGUGCCACAAUGUGGUGGUCCUGGCUGUGGUCAUGGCCGUGGCAGGGCUGGCCAUGGGCUGCAUCGACACCAUCUCCAACAUGCAGCUGGUGAAGAUCUACCAGAAGGACUCAGCCAUCUUCCUGCAGGCUCUUCACUUCUUCGUGGGCUUUGGGGCGCUGCUGAGCCCUCUGAUAGCCGACCCCUUCCUCUCAGACACCAACUGCAUCCUCUCCAACUCCACAGCCAACGCCUCCAGCAACCUCCCCCACAUCCGCAAGUCCUUGGUGCCACACCACCCGGGCAACCUGUCCCACUACGACCUGCCCAUGAAGGGCAUGGUGGUCACACGUGUCUCCUACGCCUUCUGGAUCAUGGCCCUCAUCAACCUCCCAGUGCCCAUCGCCGUGUUUUUCUUGCUCUACAAGGAGAGGAUGGUGCCCUGUGUGAGCAGCAGCAGCCACCCACUGCUGUCGGCCGACGAGCUGGCGAUGGAGACACGGCCCGUGGAGAAGGAGGAGCUGCCCAGCACCACGCAGGGAGCCCAGGGACCAGGAGGUCAUGAUGACUUAUUUAGCUGCUGCCAAAGCAAAAACUUCAGAGGGGCUUCUUACACCUACUUCGCAGUCCACAUCACUGGGGCUCUUGUUCUCUUCAUGACUGAUGGGAUUGUGGGAGAGUACUCAGGCUUCGUGUACAGCUACGCCGUGGAGGAGCCUCUCUCCGUGGUGCAUAAAGUGGCUGGUUACCUGCCCAGCCUCUUCUGGGGCUUCAUCACCCUGGGCAGGCUCAUCUCCAUCCCCGUGUCCUACAGAAUGAAGCCAGCAACCAUGGUCUUCAUCAACGUGGUUGGAGUCCUGAUAACCUUCCUCCUGCUCCUGAUUUUCUCCUACAGCGUCGUCUUCUUGUUCGUGGGGACAGCAUCCCUGGGGCUGUUCCUCAGCAGCACCUUCCCCAGCAUGCUGGCCUACACCGAGGACAUCCUGCAGUACCGAGGCUGUGCCACAACCGUGCUGGUGACAGGAGCUGGAAUUGGAGAGAUGGUGCUGCAGCUCCUGGUGGGAUCGAUUAUACAUGAUCAGGGCAGCUACAGUUUCCUGGUCUGUGGGAUGAUCUUUGGAGGCUUGGCCUUUACCUUCUACACUCUGCUCUUGUUUUUCCACAGGAUGUACCCCAAGCCCUCGUCAGAUGUGGAUGAUGUCUCACCUGACAAAGCAGCAGCCACGGGCGACACGGGGCAGUACCAGGGCUAG